CGAGCCUUGUAGAUGCGUAGAUCGGACUUGCACACAACAAUACCCAGGGUUCUUUGCGCUGAGGCUACGUCAACCGAAAUCACAGUUGUUUUUUCCAACAUGGCGUCGCUGGGAAGGAGGCGCGGUGUCCCAGUAAGCAGGGAGAGGGCAGUGAUGGCUGCGUCAGACUGCUACAUUGUACAUGAGAUCUACAAUGGGGAGAAUGCGCAGGACCAGUUUGAGUACGAGCUGGAGCAGGCACUGGAGGCCCAGUAUAAAUAUAUUGUUAUUGAGCCCACACGGAUCGGGGAUGAGACGGCCCGCUGGAUUACGGUGGGGAACUGCCUGCACAAGACGGCUGUGUUGUCAGGCGCUGCAUGCCUCCUGACGCCACUUUCGCUGCCUGCAGAAUACUCGCGCUAUGUAGCAUUGCCAGCUGGUGCCCUCAGUGUGGCCUGUGCUGCGCUCUAUGGGAUUUCAUGGCAGUUUGAUCCCUGCUGCAAGUACCAAGUGGAAUACAACAGCCAAAAACUCUCACGGCUGCCCCUGCAUACACUGACCUCCUCAACACCCGUGGUUUUGGUACGCAGGGAUGACGUCCACAGAAAGAGACUCCAUAAUACGAUAGCACUGGCUGCUCUGGCGUAUUGCGCCAAGAAGAUCUAUGAACUCUAUGUGGUAUGAGUGCACUCUGAAGAUUUAAGAACCAUCAAAAAAAAAAGGAAAAAAAAAAAUUAACAAAACAACAUACUCACCCCCGGAUGUUAGAAAAGUGGAAGUCCCGUUCAGGCUCAGCAGUUAGCUCUACAGAGGGUGGGUGCUUCCACUUGGAACAUUGAUCAGAGGGAUAUAGCUAAAACUAGAAGGGAUUUUUUUCCAUGUACUUCUAUGUGACAGCAGCACACCUAUUGCCAUAGUACUUUCGCGCCAGCCCCCUCCACCCGCUUCUCUGUCACAAGCUUGUGCAAAAGGACAUGACCUCAGUUCCUCUGAAAGGAAUGGUUUUGGAUUAAAAAUGGAACAGACACAUUUGUUGUACAAUGCUCUUUCCCCUUUCCCUUGUAGUUUUGCUGUAUCCGUUUUUUGCUGAUCAAGUACAUUAAUGUUUGAUUAAAUAUUAGGAUAUUUCAAACAAACUUUUCUGUAUUUUAUUUUAUUUUUUCUUCAAAAUAAAUGGAUUCUAUUUGAUGUCUGGAAAAGAACAAAUGGCCCUCAGUCAAACUGUCUUGUUUAAGUAGAUUGUCUGUCGUUAAUGAAUCCUAUUAAGAUUGUGGAAGACAGUACUACGGCUCCAUGUUCGGCUCUAAUCGUGUAUUACACUAACAACCACAAGCGGACUGAAGAGACUUCAGCACUGCAGAAGUUUAAAAAUGAUGUAAUUUUUAUAAUUUGUUUAUCCACUGAUGCUCAAGAGGAGCAUAUGUAAACAUGAAGGAUGAGUUGUGAAAUAGGAGAAAACAGCUGGAUAAUAAAAUGAAAUUCAUACAUGAA